AUGUCAAGAACAUCGCCGAACAUCAUCGUUACCGGCACGCCAGGCGUGGGCAAGACAACUCACUGCGAAGAGCUUGCGAGGCGGACAGGCCUGAAACAUCUUUCAGUCAACCAAGUUGUCAAGGACAGUGAAUGCCACGAGGGUUGGGAUGAAGAGUUUCAAAGCUGGAUCGUUGAUGAAGAUAAGUUGCUCGACGCCAUUGAGGAAGACAUUCAGAAUGGGGGCCAUAUAAUCGACUGGCACGCAUGUGACCUUUUCCCUAAAAGUUGGAUCGACCUCGUUGUCGUUCUACGCGUGGACUCGACGACGCUCUAUGAUCGUCUGUCGGCAAGAAAAUACCCGGAUGCCAAGCUUCAGGAGAACCUGGACUCGGAAAUUAUGGAGGUUCUGCUCCAGGAGGCCAGAGAGGCAUUUGAUGAGGAGAUUGUUGUCGAACUGACGAGCAACACGUCGGAUGAAAUGGAGAGCAACAUCUCGAGGGUCGAAGCGUGGCUCGACCAGUGGAAGAAGGAUCACUCGUUAUAG